AUGAUCUACGGUACUACAUUUCAGCUUGAAGAUGUCGCACGUAAAGACAAUUACUCGGCAGAUAAACGACCUCUUCUUUCUCUUCUUUUCCCCAUGGGUUUUUGUGGCGAGUGUGGCUCGUAUUUGGCCCCAGACCUACAGGGAGCGUUUUGUCCUGAAUGUGGUGAAGCAAUUCCUGGCGCUGCACCGGCCUCCGCGCGUCGCGUGACGUUUGCUUCAACUGUAGACGUGGGAGAUGCGCGUCAUUUGCGUGAAGAAGCCGAGCGACGCGCCCAGGAAGCCAAAAAUCACGCUGAUAUUAGUCAAAAAGAAGCGUCCAAUGCCAUCGCUCAGUAUGAGGCGCAUCAGCGUGCACAAGUAGAGACCCAAGCCGCUCGAGACAACGAGGCACGCGCUUUGAAAGCGGAGAACGAGCGUAGAGCCAUUGAUGCGCAGCGGGUGGAAGCAGUGCGACGUCGCGAGGAGGCGGAGCGCCAAGCUCAAGAAGCGCGGGACCGAGCGGAGGCUAUGAGACUGUCGGCUCAGAACGCAAUCUCGGACUAUGAAGCGCAGCAACGAGCGGCGGUGGAGCGCGAAAAUGCACGUAUACAACAGGAGCUAGAGUCGCAGAGACAGCAGCAUCUGCAGGUGGCACAGGCGGCGCGUGAACGUCGAGAAGACGCCGAGAGAAUGGCCCAGGAGAAGCUGGCGAGGGCAGAGAAAUUGCGUGCCGAGGCGCAUGCUGCGCAGGAAGAACUGAAGAAGCAGGAAGCGAAACGCAUUGCGAAAGAACGACAAAAAGAGGAAGCGAAAAGGCUGAGAGAGGAACAGGCACGACGUGAAGCGAACCGACGUCAGGCCGAAGAAGAAGCGCGUAAGAUGUUUGAAGCAAAACGACAAGAAGAUCAGCUACGCCAAGAAGCUCUGCGAUUGUCGACACUGUCUGUGUCUGCUAGUGCUGCUGCCCCUGCUACAUUCAACUUAUGUGUGAGCUGCACUGCGGCGCUCAAGCCUGCGCAAAAGUUUUGCUUACAGUGCGGAACGAAGGUGGCUACUGCUGCGGCUACCACAGCUCCCCGUGGUUUUGUAUCCAGCAACAGCUUUUCGUCGGCGCCAUCAGCUCCAAGCGGCAACUUUUCUCCAGCACCAGUGCAGCGCACAAAUUCAUCUGCAUCAAACUCAUCUUCGUCAUCGUCAUUUCCUGGUGGUGAGCACAGCUGUGCAUCGUGCAGUUGCACGCUCAAGGCAACGCAGAAAUUCUGCCCAAAGUGCGGUACAAAAGUGGUUUCGACUGCUCCACCUCCUGCUCCAGUGGCAGUCCCAUCGCCUGUAUCGUCCGUUAGCUCGACAUCCUCUUUCUCGGCCCCACAGCCGGCUCGGGCAGCCCCGAUUGCUUGUGCAAAGUGCAGCCAGCCUCUGAAGCAAAUUCAGAAGUUCUGUCUGCAUUGUGGAACGAAAGUGGUAGCAGCCGUGACUUCUGCAGCCCCAACACCGAGUCUCUCAUCUUCGUUCUCAUCGACGUCGUCAUCUUCGUAUACUUCCGUACCGCUGCCUGCUCCAAUUCCCACGUCGGGAUCUUGGUCCGCGCCCUCCUCGCAGCUCAGCACCAAGAAUUGCCCAACUUGCAGCAAGGACUGCAAGUUUACGGCCAAAUUCUGCAUGGGCUGCGGGUUUAACUUUGCUAAAAGCGACGACGAGGAAGUUGCGCGUAAUAUUGAGGCUGCACGUCUGCGUCAGCAACGAGUUCGCGACCAGGAGCAGCAGCAGCGUACCCAGGCCUCCCUCAUGGCCAAUCAGGCCGCCCAAGCCCACCAGGCAUCCUGGUAA